AUGUGGUCUCUACUUACCACUGCGGUGGUUUUUGCCCACCUUUCGAUUGCCGCUCCCACGGCUGCUGCUCCAGCAAUUGAAAAACGGGCAGCACCCAGUGUCAAAUUGGAUUAUGCCAAUGUGGUAGGGUCCAGUGCACUCGGAGUUGACUCAUUCAAGGGAAUCCCUUUUGCGCAGCCCCCAGUCGGCAAAUUGCGAUUGAAGCCCCCGCAGCCUAUUAUGGGGGAUCUUGGAACAGUUAAAGCUACUGGAAUUCCUCGUGCUUGCCCACAGAUGUACCUCAAAUCGGACGACAUUUCCGAAGACAUCCUUGGAAGGUUCAUUAAUACACCUUUCUUCCAGACGAUUACCAACGCUGGCGAGGACUGCCUUACGCUCAAUGUUCAGAGACCAGCCUCCGCCACCCCAGACUCUAAGCUUCCAGUCCUUUUCUGGAUUUUUGGCGGAGCCUUUGAACUAGGCUCUACACAAUUAUAUGAUGGAACUUCGUUAAUCCUGAGAUCUAUGGCGCAGAAACGAGACAUCAUCGUCGUCGCCGUGAAUUACCGAGUCGGAGGAUUUGGUUUCAUGCCUGGCUCAGAUAUCCAAAAGGAUGGCUCUGCCAACUUAGGCCUCCUUGAUCAGCGCCUUGGGCUUAAGUGGGUUGCUGACAACAUUGCUAAGUUUGGCGGCGAUCCUGAAAAGGUCACCAUCUGGGGAGAGUCUGCAGGUGCUAUUUCAGCGUUCGACCAGAUGGCAAUGUACGACGGCGACCACACCUACAAAGGAAAGCCUCUCUUCCGCGCAGCAAUCAUGAACAGUGGAAGUGUUGUCCCUGCCGACCCUGUAGACUGCCCCAAAGGUGAAGUGGUAUACAACAAGGUCGUCGAAGAAGCCGGAUGUGCCAAUGCCGCUGAUAAGCUCGACUGCCUACGAUCUCGCGAUUACACAACUUUCCUCAAUGCCGCCAAUUCCGUCCCCCCGUUCCUUAGCUACAGUUCCGUUGCCCUGUCUUAUCUUCCACGCCCCGAUGGCAAGGUUCUCACUGCCUCCCCUGAUGUCCUGGGUAGGAGCGGACGUAUCGCUAAAGUUCCCUUCAUCAUCGGUGAUCAGGAAGACGAGGGCACCAUCUUUGCCCUCACACAGUCCAACAUUACAACCACCGAUCAGGUCGUCGACUACUUCCAUACCUACUUCUUCCACGGGGCUACUAAAGAACAACUCAAAGAACUAGUAGCCACUUACCCCGACGACCCUUCUGCCGGCUCCCCCUUCAGGACUGGGAUUCUCAACCAGUUAUAUCCGCAAUAUAAGCGCCUUGCUGCUAUGCUGGGAGACCUAGUCUUCACACUGAGUCGUCGCGUCUUCCUAAAUAUUGCCAACGAGAAGUUCCCUGACGUCCCGUCAUGGUCUUAUCUCGCAACCUAUAACCAUGGUAUUCCAGUCGUUGGUACCUUCCACGCCUCUGAUAUCCUUACUUCCUUUGGAUACACUCCUGGAAUUCCCAGCACGAGUAUUCAGAAUUACUAUCUUAGCUUCGUCAACACUAUGGACCCGAAUAAGGGAACUCCCUUUGGCUUCCCCAAGUGGCCACGAUGGAGCGAGGGGAAGAAGCUGAUGAACUUUCAGCUCCUGGGAAAUACUUUGCUUUCGGAUGACUUUAGGGCAAAGAGUGCUCAGUUUAUGGCCGACCAUAUAGACGUUCUGCACGUUUAA